GUUUAUUGAUAUCGGAGUGAAACAAAAGCGCAGCUUGGUCCCAGCUGUAGUUCCUACCAGUUCCCCACAUCGAAAUAUCUCUACCUUGACACCGGUCCCAACAGCAGUAUCGGCAUCAAGCAUACACUAUUCAAGCGCUUAUCAACAUUUCACAGAAAGAUCAGCAGCAGCACCUGCAACAAUAACAGCAGUAAAUAAGACCUCCCAGAUGACAAACCAUCAUCCGACCGCUCGACAAACAAUGGCCUCGUCCAGGAAUCGACCUCAACCCAAUGAUCCGACAAACAACCACAACCAGUGUAAACAGCCCAAGACAAUCAGGGUCAUACGCAGAUGGCCAACAGCAGAAGUAGCAUACAUAGCAACAACACCUUCACAAACAGCAGCAACAGCACACGAUACAGUUCCAGACAGCGGGACCAACGCAAGUAGAAGGAACCACUACUCGGCCGGUGCAGCAGUCGCAGUACGAUCGCACGGACCAGCAGACACGGAUCCAGCCAGCGAACACAAAUCGCCUCACAGCAGCAACAAAGCACCACGGUCACCACUCAGUAAGAUUUACAAAACAAUUUCUAUGCCGAUGUACAGAACAAACAAAAUAAUUAAAGGAUCCAACGAUUAUGCUGAACUAGUGCUAGGUUUUGAUGUUAGUACGGUUCCGAAAGUGCAGUGAGCUCGAUCCAAUGCUAUCAGCAGCACGAAAUGAUACCGGACAAGACCGAUGAAGACAAGGACCUGGUGAACCAACGACAACCCUGCAGAAUUCAGUACUUAUUUAAUGAUUAGCAUAUGGCAAAAGGCACGAUAGCAAGCAGGUAGAACAUUGGGAGACUAGACCAGGCUUUCGUAUAUCUCCAAAAAUGUUUUCAACCCUCCAAAACUCGUUGAAAUGUAAUGUGCAAAAAUAUUGUGCGUAUUGAUGAUUUUUUGCAGAAUUAUUAAUUUAUUUUUUCAAAUGUUAUAAAAGUUUUUCUGUGAUCCUUUUUCCCCGCGGUGGGGAGACUUUACCAAAAGAAUUUUGAACAUAAAACAUGCUGUAAUCAUGUUUUUCCAUAUUGUCGAGGUCAUUUAAUGCAUUUCCUUUUUGGGAUUAACAGUACAUUGUUUACACAUCUUGAAAUUACUGCUAGCUUUGUUGACUAGUACUAUAAAGAUAAAGAAUGGCGUUUAAGGUGGGAUUUUUUGUGACGCGGUUCACAAUGGGUACUACAGAAUAGUCAAUAUCAGAAAUUUUACAUCUUUCUUCAGCUUAUUGCUACUUGGUCAUAAAAUUUAAGUCUCCCCAUAAAAUUUUUGUCAAGUCUCCCCAAAUUUUUAUUAUAAUUACUCUAGUAGAUAUGUCCAUACAAAGUUUGAUAAAAUAUUAUAUUAUAUAUAUUUAACGCAAAUUCAUGAAUUACGAAAUAUUUUCUACGAGGAAAGGAUUUUUUACUCCAAAAUUUUUAAUAUGACCUGAUGGGAUCGAAACAAGUAUCAAAAUAUUUAAAAAAAGAACCAAAUAGAACACGUUAUUGUUAAUCGUUAAAUCUCGCGCUUGGUCAAGUCUCCCAAUGUUCUCCUGUUUCAUUGCUUGGCCGUCUACCUGCUUACUAUCGUGUUUUCUGCCCUAUGCUAGUUGUUGAAUAAGUGCUGAGUUCUGUAGGAUUGUUGUUGGUUCGACGGGUCUUUGUCCUAAUCGGUCUUGCCGGGUAUCGUUUCGUGCUGCUGGCAGCGUUGAAUCGGGCUCACUGCGCUUUUGGGACCGUGCCGGCAUCGGCACCUGCAUAUCGUCUGCCUGAAGGACCUUUUUCUGUGCAAAGGAGGAGGGUUCGAGGUCGGUACGGAUAUGGAGUGGGUUGAUUGGUUUGCGACGUUGCCUGGUGCUAGUUGAGCAUAAUCGUUGGAUCUUUUGGCAUGUGCAUAUUUGUUCUGAGCAUCGACAUGGAGGUUGUUUUGUGGGUAUGUGGGUCGAAGGGGGCGAUUGUUGGUGGAUGUUUGUGAUCAAGCGUUGCUGAAAGACUGAGUCUCUUCCAAGUGCCUUGCUGCUGUUUUUCUGUUUAUCCAUUGCCGUCGCGCUCUGCUUGCUGAGUGGUGACCGUGGUGCUUUGUUGUUGCUGUGAGGCGAUUUGUGUUCGCUGGCUGGAUCCGUGUCUGCUGGUCCGUGCGAUCUGAAAGACAAAUACUUGUUUUGCUACAGAAAUCCCAAUACACGUCGGGAAUUAUCCCUAAACAAGCUGUGAAUUUUGCGAACCCGAUUUUUUUCUUUUUCAAGGAAGUGGGAGUGGGAGAACAGGUACUGGUCGCUUCGAGUUUGAAGAAACUAACCAAAAACUACUAACCGUACUGCGACUGCUGCACCGGCCGAGUAGUGGUUCCUCCUACUUGCGUUGGUCCCGCUGU